AAUUGAAUUCAUCAGUUUGGGCUGGACUAAGGCGGUGGACUAGGACUGAAACGAGCUGAAUCAAGCCCAACUGCCUGGUCAAGUCAGACAGAGACGCACUUUUACACACGCAAACAGAGAGAGAGAGAGGGAGAGAGAGAAGAGUAAUGGCAGAGACGAAGAUGGUGCACUCCCCCAUCGUUACAUACAUAUCAAUGAUCUGCCUUCUCACUCUGUGCCCUCCUUUUGUUAUUCUCUUAUGGUAUACAAUGGUGCACGCAGAUGGAUCUAUAUCUCAGGCUCUGGGUUACCUAAGGCGGCAUGGGCUGCCGGGAUUUAUUAAUAUUUGGCCAAAACCCACUGCUAUUGCAUGGAAAAUGAUUGCAUGUUAUGCGGCAUUUGAGGCUGUACUCCAACUGUUUCUACCUGGAAAAAGGGUUGAAGGGCCAAUAUCUCCUGCUGGAAACAGGCCUGUUUAUAAGGCAAAUGGUGUGGCGGCAUAUGCAGUGACAUUGAUUACUUAUCUCAGCCUUUGGUGGUUUGGGGUUUUUAACCCUUCAGUUGUCUAUGACCACUUGGGAGAAAUAUUUUCAGCACUCAUUUUUGGAAGCUUCAUCUUCUGUAUUUUCUUGUACAUAAAAGGUCAUGUUGCACCAUCUUCCUCUGAUUCUGGUUCGUGUGGAAACAUCAUAAUUGAUUUCUAUUGGGGUAUGGAACUUUAUCCUCGGAUUGGCAAGAACUUCGAUAUAAAGGUUUUCACAAACUGCAGAUUUGGGAUGAUGUCCUGGGCAGUUCUUGCCAUCACCUAUUGCAUAAAGCAGUAUGAAGCAAAUGGGAGAGUGGCAGAUUCCAUGCUUGUAAAUACUAUAUUGAUGCUAGUGUAUAUUACAAAGUUCUUUUGGUGGGAAGAUGGAUAUUGGAACACAAUGGAUAUUGCACACGAUCGAGCUGGCUUUUAUAUAUGCUGGGGAUGCUUGGUAUGGGUCCCAUCUGUCUAUACUUCUCCUGGCAUGUACCUAGUAAAUCAUCCUGUGAAUCUUGGAACUCAGCUUGCUAUUUACAUUCUUGUAGCAGGCAUUCUAUGCAUAUACAUCAAUUAUGACUGUGACAGGCAAAGGCAAGAAUUUCGUAGAACAAAUGGCAAGUGCUUGGUUUGGGGAAAAGCUCCAUCAAAGAUUGUGGCCUCAUACACGACUAAGGGUGAGACAAAAACCAGUCUUCUCCUGACCUCAGGAUGGUGGGGAUUAUCUCGUCAUUUCCAUUAUGUACCAGAAAUAUUAGCAGCUUUCUUCUGGACUGUACCGACUCUUUUCAACCAUUUUCUUCCUUACUUUUAUGUAGUAUUUCUUACCAUCCUUCUGUUUGACCGAGCGAAAAGGGAUGAUGACCGAUGUCUAUCUAAGUAUGGGAAAUAUUGGAAAUUAUAUUGCGAGAAGGUCCCUUACAGGAUUAUACCUGGAAUCUUCUGAGACUUCAGUUUGGUUGAAUCCACCAUCGACUUUGAUCUGCCUUGCUUAUGCGCGACCCUUAGAGGGUGAUAUAGGAUUGUGAUUUUUAGUGCUCUACUUUUACUAGUUAAUUUAUCUUGGUAGGUUAGAUGUGCUGUUUGUAAGUUUCAACAUGAAGUAUUAUAACGCAGCAACUUUGGGCUGAAAUUGUUGUACUCUUGUGAUGCCAAUUUGGCACCCAAAAAAUUAAUGUGAUUAGUUUUUAUUUAGUUGCACAUUA